CUCUUUCUCUGGGCUUUCAACGCUACUCCACGCCCCACCGUGAAAAUGUUGGUGCUUCUGGCUUUCAUCAUCGUUUUCCACAUCACCUCCGCGGCGUUGCUGUUCAUUGCCACCAUCGACAAUGCCUGGUGGGUAGGAGAGGAGUUUUUUGUGGAUAUCUGGAGAGUCUGUGUCAACAACACAAACUGUACAGAAAUCGAUGACUCCUUUCAAGAAUUCUCCACGAUACAGGCGGUCCAGGCCACCAUGAUCCUGUCCACCAUCCUCAGCUGCAUCGCCUUUCUGAUCUUCGUGCUCCAGCUCUUCCGCCUCAAGCAGGGAGAGAGAUUUGUUUUAACCUCCAUCAUCCAGCUCAUGGCAUGCCUGUGUGUCAUGAUUGCAGCUUCCAUUUAUACAGACCGGCGCGAAGACAUUCACAAGAACAACUGGAGACUGUAUUCCCAGACCGCGGACGGCACAUACGGCUACUCCUACAUCCUGGCCUGGGUGGCCUUUGCUUUUACCUUCAUCAGCGGCCUCAUGUACCUGAUACUCAGGAAGCGUAAAUAGAGCCCCCAGAGCGGGGUCGCUUUCGCUGCAGUACAGAGUCCACGUGCAGAUAACCGUUUUGUAUAUAAUCAAUUUUUGUGUGUGUGUGGUUUUUCUAGCAAACAUAUUGUUUCCUUUAAAAGCCAAAAGAAGACGAGAGUUUUUGCAUUCUUGAGAUCAGAGACUAGACUUGGCAGGCUGGAAGUCAGAACUCCUGCCCAUCCGGAAGCCUUAACGCGACAAAGCCAAAAAUCCAGCAAUGCUCAAGUGCAAAAAUGUUCAGCAGGAUGUGUCUUAACUGCGGGGAUGUGAUGUGAUGUGACAUGAGGUGGAGAAAACCGGGUCUCGGGGUACAGCUUUCCCUAGCUUUGGGCCAUAUGGAACCCCCCCCCCCACCUCAGCUUCCCUUCCCAAAUCUCUCUGCAUUCGCGGUGGAAGGUGGGGUGAGGGGGUCUGGGUGAGGGAGGAAACCUUGGAUGUUUAACCGUGUUCCAUGUGAGAAGCAGGUAUGGCCCCUGGUGUUCUGUCUACAUCCAGACCAGAGCCCUGACCCUCCUGUAAUGGGCUGGAUCCAGAAAGUGCCACCCAAGUUUGCUCAUGUCACCUGCUUGCCUUCGAGAAGGUGACCUUUAACCUGGGGGCUAGAUUUAGGCUCAGCCUGAUCUCAACAUGUGAUCCCUAGGGCACCUUGUAAAAUGCAGGCUACUGGGACCCUUCCCUAGACCUGCAGAAUCAGAGAAUUCAGGGAUGGGGCCUGGGAGCCUGCAUUUCUAACAGGCUCCUCGAUGAUGCCCCAGGUGCCUUGAAAUUGAAGACCACGGCCCCAGGGCCAGGUGAGCAGAGCUGCCCUAUCGAUGUUAAAGAUCUGGUGUAGAGAUGGGGGGGCAGGCAUACCCCCACUGCAGGCCCAAACUUCGGCCUCCACCAGCUCUUCUGCAGCUGCUCACAUCUGGACCACCCGAACUCCAGCCCCAGGCCUUGCAUCCCAAGAGCCAGACACCCGGGCCGGGGUGGGGGGUGGUUGCAGCCUCCUUCCUACGCUAACUCAGGAGGCUACUCCCUUCUCUUCCUGCCCUGCCUUCUAAGGCUGCCGGGCCUCUACUGACCCCAGUUUCUGGAGCCUCAGAGGGCCAUCUGCCAUGUGUUCAUUCAUCCAUCAACAUAAAGUAGGGAAUGCUUGUGCAAGGCACAGGGGAAACCAUGUCGAGACACUGUCUCUCCUCGUGGGGCUCAUAGUCUCACGGAGGAGACAGAUUAAAAACCAAUUAGGAAAAUGAAUUACAAACAGCGAUAAAGGCUGCAGAGAACACAACCAGGGAUUCAGAAGAGAGGCCCGCGGGGGCGGGAGGGAGCCUGCUCUAUGCCUGCCUGUUUUUAAAAGCUCCUGGAGGCAUUUAGAUCAGCCUGAACGUCACCCCUCUCAGCUUUGAUGGGGCAACGCCAUCCGUGUUACACCCAGAGAACACUUCCCUCUGCAGAGGGGCCCAGGGUCCUGACAGCGAACGAAGCCCUGGGAGGGUCCCAGAUUGCCGUGGUUCUCAACCUUCAGUGAGCACAAGUGCCACUCGGGGGGUGCCACCUGCCAGGGUCUGAGUGAGCCAGUGCUGCCGGCAAUUCCGAGACCGUACAGAGAAGCAGGGCUCUAGGGAGUUGUCCUCAGCCCUGCGAGGUGAGCAGCAGUGCAGGGACCCCGGGAGGUGCCUACGGAAGAAGUUCUUUGCACCUCACUUUUUCCUCCUGUGUCGUGAGCCUGAGGCUGGGAGGUGUGGCUGGGACCUAUGUGCACACGUCAGCACUGGUGCCAUGUAAGUGACAAUUAGCUGAGUAGAGUGAUGAUUUGCCAUGAGUCCAGGUCCAGUGGAACUGGGGAAAUACCUAGUUUGAGUUGUUCUAGGGCCACUGUAGACACGGCUUUAGUGCAGGAUUGAGUUUUCCCUUCAUCUACCCAUACACUCAUUCAUUCAUUUUCAGCAGCAUAGUAAAUGCUUACUGUGUUGCAAGGCUCUGAAAACACGGGGUGAGCAAAUCCAGACAUCCUGCCUGAGACAGGAGCCCCUCCCCACAGAGAGGCCACCAGCACAGGGUCAUGGGGCCAGAGGCAGGACAGGUGGCCACCUCCUGCCUGGAUGGAAAACUGUCAUUAGGCAUGUUUUGAGUAGAAGCAUGGGUCACACCCCUGAGGUGGGCAGGAUGCUACAUAAGCCUAGUGGAGGUAGGUGGGUCUAAGUGCCUCAGCUUUCUACUCAGGUGGCUUUUCUAUAGUUCCCUGGUAGCCACGAUAGAAGCAAACAAAAACCCUUAGAACCAGUAAUCUGGAAAGCCUUAUUCCCAAGCAAUGCUUGAAUUUCCAUCCUCCAAAAACUUCAGGAGUGAGUGUUUGAAAUGACCCCAUGGACUCUCCUGGCUGGUCUCCGCUGCUGUUUAGCAUUCAGUGCACACAUCCAUCUGUGAUGCCAAGGUUUUGUGAAACAGGAGAGCUGCCUUCCCCUGCUCCCCGUGGUGUAACGUGCCCUGGGGAGGUGGGGAAGAGGUGAUGGCACAAGGAAGAAAAUACCCUACUUCCUCACCCAUCGGUGGAUUCAGCCCUCACUUGGUGCUUAUGAUCAGUUAUUCAAGAACAAUAACAACAGCGAAGAAAAUGAGCUGAGACAUCCAAGACGCAAAUAUUAGGACCAAAUAUGUUACUGGUAACAACGGCAUUUGAGGGAACUGUAGUUUGCGUAUGUUAGGACAUUUUUACAAAGUACUGUAAUUCUUUCGUUGAGGGGCUAAUGGAUGGAGACAGGCUAACUCCUUUUGUUAUUUGCAUUAAAAUUACUCUGGGUCUCUGUUCAAAUGAGUUUGGAGAACUCCUUGAUUUGUUGCUCUGCGUGAAUGUGUAUACUCAUACCUGAAUGCAGGAAUACUGGAGACAUCCCCCGCCCCACCCGCCCUGCACUCUCUGCCUUGGGUUAUGUGCGUGUGCGCAUCCCUGAUCAACAGGCUGAGGCCCUAGGAUGCUCUGCGUUAACUGAUGAUGAAGAAAUCCAGACUGCCCCCAUGCCCCGCCCCGUCCUGCCAAGCCCCUUUGUAAGCACACUAAAUAUGGCAGCUUAAGUAGAAGCUGUAGCAUCAUUUAAAACCCGCCUGGAUGGGAAUUACUAAACUUGCUAAUAGUUGAGAAAGUUUACUUACAAUGCAGCAGGUUGGAUAGUUUUGUAUAUUGGCGGGGCAGAGGUGAUGGGGAGAUGCUAGGAAAAGGCUUAGAGGUUAAGUUUGAAUCUUGGUUUGGGGACAAAUGUGACUUUAGGGUAAUUAGAGACUUUCUACUUCAUGUGCCUUUAAAGUAGUCCAUUUUUCUAUGUUUUGUAUAAUCUGAAACUGUACAUGAAAAAUAAAGUUUAAAACCAAA